AGUCCUAGCGCAGGCGUACAUAACGAUCCCUAAUGGGGAAAAGGAGGGAGCUCGCGGGUUGCUGGGUCAACCGGGCGACGUCAUGGCCGGUCCCGCUCUCGCGAUGGUUCGUUUCGCAGGAGAGGGUCGGCCCGCUAUUGUAGGCUGAGGGAGAGAGAGAGAAACUCUGCGAGGGCCAGUAAGAAGCCGGUUUGAGGGAGGAAGUCCGCGCGCGAGAGGGGCUCCUCCGCCCGCCCCCUGAGGUCGCGAGCGGACGUUGCCUCUGCCCGAGAAGGGGAGGAGCCUCGGAGGAAGACCCCGCCCCCCACUAUGUGCCACUGCCGCCGCCGCCCCCUGCGGGACUAGCCGCGGCCGAGCGGCUCCGGGUGCCUCAGCUGCCCUGCCCGUUGGCGGAGAGCGUCGGCUCUGAAAGCGGGAGCCUCGCCGUUAUGAACCUGCACCAGGUGCUGACGGGGGCUGUCAACCCCGGGGACAACUGCUUCUCCGUGGGGAACGUCGGCGGGCAUCCCUUCACGGCAUACGCAUCAGGAUGUGAUAUUGUGAUAUUGGGGACUGAUUUUGAAAGAUUACAAAUAAUUCCUGGAGCAAAACAUGGAAAUAUACAAGUGGGAUGUGUAGAUUGCUCUAUGCAACAAGGGAAGAUUGCAGCUUCUUAUGGGAAUGUGAUUUGUAUAUUUGAGCCAGUUCAACACCUAAAACAGAAGAGUAGUCAUCAUACUGGAUUGCAUUAUCAGUGGCAGAAGUCAGAUCAAAUUUUACUGGAAGAUGCAGUGCAUAACUUAACAUGGGAUCCAACAGGCUCCCGUCUAUUGACAGCUUGCAGUUGUUUGCAACUUUGGUCCAAUGUCAAUUAUGAAAACCCAUCAGAAGAUGAAAAUCCUGAAAAAACAGAAGCUCGGAAUUGGAGAAUCAUUUGGCAGUGCAAAACUGCUUCUGAAGUUCAGCUAAUGAAGUUUUCACCAGAUGGGGAAUUUUUUGCUACUGCAGGAAAGGAUGAUUGUCUUGUAAAGGUGUGGUAUAACACUGAUAGCUGGAAAUCAGCAGUCACACCUCCAGUUACAGCACCAGAAGCAAUCCCACAGGAAGUAGGCUUCUCAUUUAUUUACUUGGUUCAUCCUCGGUCUGUUAAUGGGUUCUCCUGGCGAAAGACAAGUAACUACAUGCCACGUGGUGCCGUAUGUAAUGUGCUGUUGACAUGCUGCAAAGAUAAUAUAUGCCGUCUCUGGGCAGAGACUUUGUUGCCAAAUGACAGUCUGUUAUAUGGAGGUGGAUACAACCAUUUGCCUGAACCUGUGAAGUCAACUAACAACUUUAAGAGGAAUGCUUCUAGUAAAGAGAGCAUGAAAAAUGCUUUAGAGUUAAAUCUAAAGCCCUUUCGACGAGGAAGAAGGAGGUCAAUAGCACUUGCACAUACUGGAUACUUGCCGCAUCAGCAAGACGCUCACGAAGUUCAUCGAAACACUCCGCUGCAAUCAAAUGCACUUUGCCACUUCCACAUUGCUGCCAGCAUCAACCCAGCUACAGACAUUCCUUUGCUCCCUUCCAUCAUGUCUCUGAGUCUUAAUGAAAAUGAAGAAAAGAGUGGGCCUUUUGUUGUACACUGGCUGAAUAAUAAAGAAUUGCAUUUUACCCUAUCAAUGGAAGUCUUUCUACAGCAACUAAAAAAGAGUUUUGAGCAUAUUUCUUCAGAGGUCAGCACUGAAGAGUCUAAUCAGACAGAGAUAAAAUCUGAUGAAGAAACCGAUGGCAAUAGAGAAGAUCAAAAAGGAAAUCAAGAACUUGCUGGUGAAAAACCAGCUCCAAAUUCAAGCUAUAUCCCCUUGUCAUCUUCUAUUGUUGAUCAUGAGAUUGAAGUACAGCUGUCUGAAUGGAAUAAAAAUGCAGACAUGUUGUUUAGUAUUCAUCCUAUGGAUGGGUCACUGUUAGUAUGGCAUGUAGAUUGGCUAGAUGAGUACCAGCCAGGCAUGUUUCGCCAAGUACAGGUGUCGUUUGUUUCAAGGAUUCCUGUGGCCUUCCCUACUGGUGAUGCAAAUUCGCUCUGCAAAAGUGUAGUGAUGUACGCUUGUACAAAGAAUGUGGAUCUUGCUCUUCAACAAGGCAAACAGAAACCAUCUAGCCUUGGGCGUUCCUGCUCGAUGUUAAUCUCUUCGGGCCAUAGUAAAUCAACCAACAGCUUAAAAUUAAGUAUCUUCACCCCAAAUGUUAUGAUGAUUUCCAAACAUGCAGAUGGAUCUCUAAACCAAUGGCUGGUCAGCUUUGCAGAGGAAUCUGCCUUUUCAGUUGUACUCAGUAUUUCCCACAAAUCAAGAUAUUGUGGUCAUCGCUUCCAUCUUAAUGACUUGGCUUGUCAUUCAGUACUUCCAUUGCUGCUUACAACCUCUCAUCAUAAUGCAAUAAGGACACCGGCUGUUGACAGCAUAAAAGAGUCGUGUGACGUCUCACCAUCGAGACUUCAUGAUGAAGGCACAGCAACCACAUCACAGGAUCUCACUGCUGUUUACAGUGAACUUAUCCUUUGGAGAGUUGAUCCAGUUGGGCCGUUAUCUUUUUCUGGUGGAGUUUCUGAGCUUGCAAGAAUUAAUUCUCUUCAUGUCUCUGCCUUUUCAAAUGUGGCAUGGCUGCCUACCCUUAUACCCAGUUACUGCCUAGGUGCAUACUGUAAUUCACCAAGUGCUUGCUUUGUUGCAAGUGAUGGACAAUAUUUGAGACUGUAUCAAGCUAUAAUAGAUGCCAAAAAACUUCUCUGUGAGCUAUCAAAUCCAGGAAUUUCUAAAUAUGUUGGUGAAGUUUUUAACAUCAUAAGUCAACAAUCCACAGCUAGACCAGGAUGCAUUGUAGAGUUGAAUUCCAUUACAGAGCUGCAUGGUGGGAAAAUGCAGCUACUUCACGUUUUUCAAGAAGAUUUCAUUUUGAAUAAUCAUGAAAAUAGACUGUCUGAGAAAAACACCAUGUUACCUGACUCUGGAUAUCAGAAAAAUGGGUUUUCUGAAAAGUUCUAUUUAAUAGUAAUUGAACAUACUCAGAACUGUUCAAUGUUACAUAUGUGGAAAUUACAUUUGAAGUCCAUACCAGUCUCAGUAGAUGAAAAAAUAGACUCCAAGGCAUGUGAAGCAGCAUCUCAAGACGAGCUUUACACUUCUCCAGAUCAAGAGAAGCUCCAGUCUUCCUUUACUCAGAAAUAUCAAGCCUGCAAAGAGAACCUUCAAAGUACCAGCCAACUUACUCUUUCUUCAGAAAUUGUCUAUAGUCAAGAAUUGAAUUUACCAGAAGGUGUAGAGAUCAUAAGCAUCAAACCAUCAGCAGGUCACCUGAGUUCUUCUUCCAUUUAUCCUGUAUGUCAUGCACCUUAUCUUCUGGCAACUUUAUGCUCAGAUGGUAAGGUUAGGUUUUGGAGGUGCAGAUUAGCAGUGGAAUCAGGUGUGACUUCUGUAGCAGAGAGUAUUACGAACAGUGGCAUGUAUAUAUGGGAAGAAUGGCCAUUACUAAUAGAAGAUGGACUUCUUAGCAGUAGUGCUCUUUUUGUGCCAGGCCAAGCUCUGGAAAUCAGCUGUGCACAUACAAAUCGCUUAGCUGUGGCAUAUAAGCGAACACCAACUGUAAACAGUCGUUCAUCUCAAGACUUUUUGGUGACGGUUGGAAUUUUUGAAUGCGAAUCUACCGGAGGCUCUUGUUGGAUCUUGGAACAAACACUUCACUUAGAUGAGCUAAACCCAACAUUGGACUCUUUGGGUGUUGACAUCAGUUCAGUGAUAGAUGGAAAUGAGAAUUUAAUACCUAGAACAAAUCAUAUGGUUCACUUAGACUGGAUGUCUAGAGAAGACGGCUCGCAUAUCCUAACAGUAGGCAUUGGGGCAAAGCUGUAUAUGUUUGGUCAGCUGUCUGGGAAGAUGCAAGAACAAAGUGGUAAGGAGAUGCUCGUACUACCUGUGUGGGAAAAUACUAAAACGUCAUGCUCUUCUAGAUUUAUAUUGCUAAGAUGUGUGGAUUUAGUUUCAUCAGUAGAAGGUUCACCGCCUUUACCUGUUUCUUUAUCUUGGGUUCGUGAUGGCAUCCUCGUAGUUGGGAUGGAUUGUGAAAUGCAUGUUUAUUCUCAGUGGCAGCCCCCUACAAAGCAAGAACCAGUUACUCUAGACUCUUACAGUGGGAGUACACCAUCCAUAAUAAGCUUAAUGAAACAAAGUCAGUCAUCUGGUGGCCACCCACCCAAGAGGACAUUGACCAGAUCCAUGACAAGUCUCGCUCAGAAACUGAGUGGGAAACGAACUGUAUAUGAUCUGUCCCUGGAGAUGGAAGAUUCUGGCCUCUUUGAAGCAGCUCAUACAUUAUGUCCUACUUUACCUCAGUACCAUCCUCUGCAGCUUUUGGAACUCAUGGAUCUAGGGAAAGUGCGUAGAGCAAAAGCCAUCCUCUCUCAUCUUGUGAAAUGCAUUGCUGGAGAAGUUAUUGCCAUCGACGAUCCUGAGCAUGAAAAGCGGUACCGUUCUCUCUCAAUCUGUGCCAGUGGGAGCAGUACGCGGGACCCCAUGACAUUUAGCAAAUGUACUAUUACAGACUAUACAGAAAUAGACUCUGUUCCACCACUACCUUUAUAUGCAUUGCUUGCUGCAGAUGAGGACUGCUCAUAUACAUCAUGUACAGAGAAGUCUAAUAACCAAAGAACCCUUAAGAAGCAAGAGGCGGCAGAUGAAAACUAUGACGAUCUCUUUCAGAAUUCCAGUCUACAUACGGAUGAUCUCACUAUGUUUGAAGUAGAUGAAGAAGAUAAAAAGCCAAAGGUUAUUGAUCUUUCUCAGUACAGUCCAACUUACUUUGGGCCAGAGCAUGCUCAAGUUCUUUCACGGCACUUGCUUCACGCUAGCUUACCCGGUCUCACCAGGAUGGAGCAGAUGUCUUUGAUGGCCUUGGUCGAUACAAUUGCCAUUACCAGCACUGAUAUAGGAGAAAGCAGAGACAAAAGCAAGGGAGGAGAAACACUUGAUGAAUGUGGUUUAAAGUUUCUUUUGGCUGUACGUCUUCACUCUUUUAUGACAACUUCGCUGCCACCUGCUCACAGAGCCCAGCUCCUUCACCAAGGCUUAUCUUCUAGUCAUUUUGCCUGGGCAUUUCAUUCAGUAGCAGGAGAAGAACUGCUAAACAUGCUUCCUGCAAUGCAAAAAGGUGAUCCAACAUGGUCAGAGCUCAGAGCUAUGGGUGUAGGAUGGUGGGUUCGAAAUACCCAUAGCUUACGGAGAUGCAUUGAGAAGGUCGCUAAAGCAGCCUUUCAAAGAAACAAUGACCCUUUAGAUGCGGCCAUUUUUUACCUUGCAAUGAAAAAGAAGGCUGUGAUUUGGGGAUUAUACAGAUCUCUAAACGACACUAAGAUGACGCAGUUCUUUGGACACAAUUUUACUGAAGACAGAUGGCGUAAAGCUGCAUUAAAGAAUGCCUUUUCACUGCUAGGCAAACAACGCUUUGAACAUUCUGCAGCGUUUUUCUUGUUGGCUGGUCACCUAAAAGAUGCCGUUGAGGUCUGCCUAGAGAAACUAAAUGAUAUUCAAUUGGCUCUUAUAAUAGCAAGACUUUAUGAGCCAGAGUUUGAAGUAUCUGGGACUUACAAAUCAGUUCUACAGAAGAGAAUUCUGGGAAGCAGACAUCAUACUAAAGAGAGUCCAUCAAGCACACAUGCUGAUCCUUUUCUUCGGAGUAUGGCUUAUUGGAUUUUGGAGGAUUAUAGCCAUGCUCUUGAUACUCUUAUAAGCCAACCCAUUUUGGAUGAGGAAGAUGAAGGCAAUGUGUCAAGAUGUAACCCUUCAGUGUUCAAUUUUUAUAAUUACCUAAGGACACACCCUCUCUUGUUGAGACGCCAUUUUGGGUCUUCUGAUUUAUCUUCCACAAGGAUUUGUGUAACAGGAGAAAAUGGACUGGCAGAUGAAAUCAAUUUAAGGGAAAGAAGAUUAUUUUUUACAACUGCAUAUGCUCACUUAAAAGCUGGCUGUCCCAUGCUGGCUUUGGAAGUGUUAUCGAAGAUGCCCAAAGUGGUAAAAAAGUCAAAGCCUUUAGGAAGAACAUCUAGCUUAAUGGACACUAGUAAAGGCUGCUCACCCUCUUCUCCAGGACCACUGGAAUCAAAGGAUAACAAACCUUUCAGCAUUGACUGGUCACAACCUAUUGUCAAUGGUCUGGAAUCAUCUUCAGAUGGGUCAUCAGGUAAACAUUCACAUUCUGCUCUUUCGUUCGACUGGAGUCAACCGAGCACAGUUUUCCAGGAUGAGCCUUUUGAGCUGAAAUGGGACAGUGACAAAGAUGAUGAAAGUGAAGAUUGUAUUGUAAUGAAACCUUUGCAGAAGGAAAUGAGUGAGAAACCAAAUGAAGUUAGUUCUAGCUAUACAGAAACCUACAGUUCAGGUGCCGAAAAUGAGGUUUUCACUUCAUCAGAAGACAUCAUUUCUGCACAGUUGAAAUUUAGGGCAUGCUUGAAGAUCCUUACAGUGGAGCUUCGUACAUUAUCUACUGGCUAUGAAGUAGAUGGUGGAAAAUUAAGAUACCAGCUGUAUCACUGGCUUGAAAGAGAAGUUGUAGCUCUUCAGAAAACCUGUGACUAUAGUGUUGAAACAGAAGAUGUUCAGCCAGGAAUUAGCCCAGUAAUGGAUGAACCUUCAUCAAAUGAAAUGACCGAAGAACUAUCAGACACACAGCAAAAUACACAGCAGAGAGAAUACCUUCAGAGAAGACAGUGGCUUGUAAAAUAUCAAUCACUUUUGCGAAUGUUUCUAAGUUACUGUAUCCUUCAUGGAUCUCAUGGUGGAGGCUUGGCAUCUGUACGUAUGGAACUGAUUUUACUGCUUCAAGAAUCUCAGCAGGAACUGUUGCUUCAUUCGCCUACUAAUACCGUAUCUGAGCAGAGUUCAAUACCGCUUCUGUUUGCCUGUACUGCAAGUGCCAAAACCGUGGUGGCCAAUCCUUUGCUGCAUCUUAGUAACCUGACUCAUGACAUACUACAUGCUAUAGUAAACCUUCAUGCACCUCCCAGUCCAGAUGUACAAAAUAAUAAGAUCCAUGUAAUGCAUACGUUAGCUGCAUCUCUGUCAGCUUGCAUAUACCAGUCUCUCUGUGGUGGCCACAGCUACAGCUCAUUACAAGCAAACCAAUUCACUGGAACGGUUUACCAAACACUGCUGCUUUCUCACCGGCAUUCCUUAAGGACAGCAAGCUUAGAUGAAACAGUAACUCCCAAUACUGCACCAUCUCAGUGGCCAGGUAUAAUGGCUUUAAUCCAGUUAUUAAAUCAUACCGGAGAAGAAGCGCAAUCUGGGAUCACAGUUUUGCUCUGUGAAAUUUUGACAGCAGUCUACCUUAGCCUCUUCAUCCAUGGUCUCGCCACCCAUUCCAGCAAUGAGCUGUACAGAAUUGUGGCCCAUCCUCUUAAUGACAAAAUGUGGUUUGCUGUCUUUGGUGGAGGAGCAAAGAUUCCAAAGAAAGGCCAGGUGCAACAAACAUCAAAGAUGGCCUCUUCUCUAGAUGAUGGUGAGAAGCAACAGAAGUUUUUAAGAAUGUCAUCAAAAUCCUCUCUAAAAGAGAGUUCACAGACUACUUUACCCUCGAUAGAACAAGAUGCCCCAAAUUACAAAGAGAAAUUUAUUCCUCCUGAACUUAGUAUCUGGGACUACUUCAUAGCAAAGCCAUUUCUUCCAUCAUCACAAACUAGAAUUGAAUAUGACUCAGAGGAGAGUCAGGAAAGCAGCGAUGAUGAAGGUGAUGAUGAAUUCUCAUCAGACUUAAAGAGUCAGGAACAUUCAAAUUCAAAUUCAUAUAGUUGGUCUCUGAUGCGGUUGGCUAUGGUUCAGCUUGUCCUCCAGAACUUGAAGACUUUCUACCCUAUGGCUGGGCAUGAUCUUUCAGAGCUUCCGGUUAGUUCCCCACUGUGUCAUGCAGUACUAAAGAUACUUCAACGCUGGGAGCAGGUUCUUCUGAGGCGACUUGAGAUGCAUGGCGGCCCGCCAGAAAACUUCAUUUCUGUUCAUACUUCUCAAGAUGCAUCCUCUUCAGGCCCUGCGCUACUUCGCCACAAAGCCUUGCUAGAGCCAACAAACACCCCCUUCAAGUCUAAAAGUAAUAAUGCACUAUCUGUGAAGAGACUUUGGCAAUACCUCGUUAAACAAGAAAUGGUCCAGGAAACCUUCAUCAGAAACAUAUUUUCAAAGAAAAGGUGCUUGAAUGAGUCAUUAGAAGACCAAAAUGAACAUAUCAAAAGUACUUCAGUGGAAGAGCCUGGAAUCAAUAAGAUAGAGACUGAUAUGGGAUACCCUGGAAGUAAAGCUAGAAUUAUCCAUAAAGAGUCUGACAUUAUCACUGCUUUUGCUGUCAACAAGGCCAACAGGAAUUGCAUUGCAAUAGCUUCAAGUCACGAUGUUCAAGAACUAGAUGUUUCUGGAAUUCUUGCUACACAGAUCUAUACUUGGGUUGAUGAUGAUGUAGAAGUGGAAGCUAAAGGAGCUGAUGAUUUCUUGGUUAUCCAUGCUCGUGAUGACCUGGGAAACAUUCAGGGAACUACUCCUUAUACUCACAGCAAUCCUGGCACUCCAAUCAACAUGCCUUGGCUUGGUAGUACCCAGACUGGCAGAGGUGCUGCUGUGGAAUAUUCCAAUAAUUUUAAUGGAAUCAGAAAGGAAUUGGCAAGAAAAGAGAUGAUCAAGAAGGCUAUCAAUAAUGUACGAAGAAUGGCUUCCCACCCAACACUACCUUACUAUUUGACAGGUGCUCAGGAUGGCAGUGUGAGAAUGUUUGAGUGGGGUCAUUCUCAGCAAAUUACAUGUUUCCGGUCUGGUGGCAACUCCAGGAUUACACGGAUGAGAUUCAAUUAUCAAGGCAAUAAGUUUGGGAUCGUUGAUGGUGAUGGGUUUAUAAGUCUGUAUCAAACAAACUGGAAAACGUCUCUACUUAAUGGAAGCACACCCAAACCAUAUUUGACAUGGCAGUGCCAUAACAAAACAGCCAGUGACUUCGUUUUCAUCAGCUCUUCAUCUUUGAUAGCCACAGCUGGGCAGUCUACUGACAACAGAAAUAUUUGUCUCUGGGAUACUCUGGUUGCACAUUCUAGUAGCUUAGUGCAUGCCUUUACUUGUCAUGAUACUGGAGCAACUGUCUUAGCAUAUGCCCCCAAACACCAGCUAUUAAUAUCAGGUGGCAGAAAAGGCUAUACCUGUUUAAUAGAUCUUCGGCAAAAGCAGCAACGACAAUUUUUCCAGAGUCAUGAUUCUCCAAUUAAAGCAAUUGCUGUGGAUCCCACAGAAGAAUAUUUUGUCACAGGAUCUGCUGAAGGAAACAUAAAGGUAUGGAGUCUAUCUAACUUUGGUCUUCUUCACACUUUCAUCAAUGAACAUUCUCGACAGUCUAUUUUCAGAAAUCUUGGGACAGGUGUCAUGCAGAUUGAGACAGGACCAGCAAAUCACAUAUUCUCAUGUGGAGCUGAUGGGACAGUAAAGAUGAGAAUCUUGCCAGAUCGAUUUAGCUCACUCAGUGAAGUAUUGAAAAGUGAUGUGAAAUUCAUGCUCUAGUAUGGUGUUAAUACUGAAAUAUAUUUUAUAAGUGGGUAACAAUUGUAUGUAAAGUAUGUUGAUGAUUGUACAGCUAACACCACAGUAACAUUUUUCGAUGUUUAUAUUUAUUUCUUGGCGCUUCAGUCCUCGAUGCACUGAUGCCUUAAAGAUUUAAUAAGUUCCUUCUGGUUUUGCCUAAACCAUAUGCGAUCAUUCAGUAAAGGUUUAAAAUAUGUAUGUUGCUGAAGUUUUUUAUGUAUGUUGCUGUGUUUUUAAUUUGUAGGUGAAUGUGGUCUUUUUUCAUUUAUUCUUCUCUAAAGACCCAUACCAUAAGGAAGCCUUAUGACGUUAGCCUGAUAAAUACAACUAUCUGUUGCCAAAUUCCUCCUCCUAGCUAGCUAUGAGUAUGGGUUGUACUUGUCUAAAAUAAGCACCUCUUGAGAGUUGAGCCACCGCUGCUACCUAAUCCCUGGAAUCCAAGUUGAUCAUUGUUGCAAUUUGAACUCUGUACGCAGAGCUAAGAAUUGAAGGAUAGACUUUGUGUCGGAACUUUCCAUGCUUGAACGGCUGCUAUCAGGAUGGCAGUCUUUUCCUUAAACCAAGAGACAUACAGAAUAUAUAUUUUUAUCUAAGCCCUGUUUAAAAAAUAUGCAAAUAUUAUGUGAUUAUCUCUCUCAUAAAACUGUUUAAGAAUUAUAUUUAAAGAAAACAAUACAUGAACCUUUAGUGUUGAUGAAAUGAACCAUAGGAAUGUGCUGCAUAGGAUACUGAAUGCAAAUUGCUCUUUUGUAAAAUGCUGAGUGUUUCAGGAAAUAGACAAAUAAUGCGAUUUACUCUUUCUGGUGAAUUUGUUUUCAUUUAGCCCAAAGAUGCUGUUCUCUCCCCAGCACUUAGAUCAUAGUGUUUACCUUGUAACUGCCUUUCUGAAGCAAAUUUAGAAAAUACUGCAAAAGAAAAUGACUAAUCUGGGGUAUGAAAUAUACUAUAGAUUUAUAAUGGGGGAAAUCAAAGUAUAUUGAAAUAAGAUUUUCACGUUUCUUUUGCCAAAAUGUAAAAAGUGUAUACACUAACUGUUUUGACCAAAAUAGAGAAAUGCACAAAGCCUUCAAUGUUUUCUAUGUGCUAAAACAACUAUUCUGGGUUACUCUUUCAUUUUAGAAGUGUAGAAAAGUAUGUAAACUAGAUAAGAGACUGGUUACUCAAAUGCAAAUAAUAUACUUUUUGCUAUAAUAUUGGGGGUGGGAACAGUGUCAAUACAAUGCUAAUUGUAAAAAAAAUAUAUAUGUCUGGGAAUGGAUGCUGUAAAUAAAACAAAAAUGAAGGGCUUGUAUAAUGAAUUUUGUAAUAUUCUCAGGACACAUACUUUAACAUUUUAAUUUUAAUAUUUUGUAACAUUUUAUAUGAUUUUAAAUGUAAUUUUUUGCAGAUUUCUGUGCAAGGAGCAGAGGGGUGGUUUCUAAGCACUUAGCCUGCAUUUAAAUUUGUGCAAUAACAUAUAUGCUACUAUUGUAGAGAAGAAAUGCUAGUGGCAUUUCAAAGAACUAGCACAGUUGUUUGAUACAUUGAAUUUUAAUCAUUUUUCCUCUGAAAUUCCCAUGAAUCAAUUGAUGUUUUAAGACACAAUGAUCAGGCCAUGGGGUGACUUGGUGACAAUAGCUCUAUCAUGUGCCAUGAAGCAGUCACAUGACUGGAAGGCAUGCCUUUUAAUACCCUACUUAUGAAGGAAGUAGCACCAGCAAAUAAGUGCUUGGAGUGGCCUGUAGAGUGGCCUAUGUCCCUUGUGGGGCUUCUAUAAAGUCAUCAACAAGGAUGAUACAUGCUAGGGUUAUGGAAAGUUAUGCUUAUGUUGGACUGCACAACUAUUUUGGAGCAGAUCAUGAGUUUGAGUGCUGUGACGAUUAUAUUUCAUAUAUGUAUUAAAGCAUUUCCUCUUUAAACACUGUCACCCUUCACAUUUUAAUUCAAAAGACAAAUAUGGGGAAAUGAUUUCAACGUUAAAGAGACAAACCCUAAUUUUCCAGUUUCUGAGUUUUAUAUUUGAAUCACAAAGGCAGCCAAGCAUACUGAAAAUUUACAGUCCAGGGUACCAGCAGUUCAGACUUUUUUUAAAAAAAAUUAAAUAAAUUUAAGAUGGAAAUUUAUAUUUUGAGAAGUACUAUUAUUUUUCAGUAAAACUUUUGACAAGUUGCACUUUAAGUAUGCCAAUAUUCCAAUAUUGUGUACACUUCUGCACUUCUACAAGGAAAAUGGGUGAAUGAGUGUGUUUGUGAAGAAUACUCCUCAGCUAAUAACUCAAAUUUUGUAAUAUUGUCAUGUAUUUAGUACCCACCCAUAAUGCCUAAAUAAAAAGUCGUGUAGAGAA